CCGGGGCAGACCGCGAGCGGGAGCCACCCGAAGCAUCAUCCCCGGCCCUCCGCUGCUCCCUGGCCCGGACCUCGGCAGAAGGACCUCCGCAGCCCCUCGCCGCCCGGCCCUCCUCUCCGUGCCGCCCGGCCCGCCGCACCGAUCGCCCGGCCCAGCCGCCGCCGUCCGUCCUCCCAUCCGUCCGCUGCGCCCGGAGUGCCCGCGUCUUUGCUUCCGCGCUCACUCUCCGGGACCCCUGCGCGCCACCAUGAGCCCCCGCACGGCCAGGACGCUCGUCGCCGCCGUCACCCUCCUCCAGCUCGCCCGGUUGGCGCUCUCCUGCCCCGCCGCCUGCGACUGCCCCCUGGAGGCGCCCAAGUGCGCCCCUGGAGUCGGGCUGGUCCGGGAUGGCUGUGGCUGCUGUAAGGUCUGCGCCAAGCAGCUCAACGAGGACUGCAGCAAGACGCAGCCCUGCGACCACACCAAGGGGCUGGAAUGCAACUUCGGCGCCAGCCCCACCGCUCUGAAGGGGAUCUGCAGAGCUCAGUCGGAGGGCAGACCCUGUGAAUACAACUCCAGGAUCUACCAGAACGGGGAGAGUUUCCAGCCCAACUGUAAGCACCAGUGCACAUGUAUCGACGGCGCCGUGGGCUGCAUUCCUCUGUGCCCCCAAGAACUUUCUCUCCCCAACCUGGGCUGUCCCAACCCCCGGCUGGUCAAAGUGAACGGGCAGUGCUGUGAGGAGUGGAUCUGUGACGAGGACGGUGCCAAGGACCCCAUGGAGGACAGGGACGACCUCUUGGGCAAGGGGCCCACAUUCGAUGCCUCCGAGGUGGAGUUAACAAGAAAAAACGAGUUAAUCGCGUUUGGAAAAGGCGGCUUCCCGAAGCGGCUCCCUGCUUUUGGACAGGGCCCUCGCAUCCUGUUCAACCCUUCUCUGCACGGCCAGAAGUGUAUCGUCCAAACAACUUCAUGGUCCCAGUGCUCCAAGACCUGCGGAACUGGUAUCUCCACACGCGUUACCAAUGACAACCCAGAAUGCCGCCUGGUGAAAGAAACCCGGAUCUGUGAGGUGCGGCCUUGUGGACAGCCCCUGUACAGCAGCCUGAAAAAGGGCAAGAAAUGCAGCAAAACCAAGAAAUCCCCAGAGCCGGUCAAGUUUACUUACGCCGGAUGUUCCAGUGUGAAGAAAUACCGGCCCAAGUACUGCGGCUCCUGUGUGGACGGCCGCUGCUGCACGCCCCUGCAGACCCGGACGGUGAAGAUGCGCUUCCGCUGUGAGGACGGGGAGAUGUUCUCCAAGAACGUCAUGAUGAUCCAGUCCUGCAAGUGCAACUACAACUGCCCGCAUGCCAGUGAGGCCUCGUUUCCCUUCUACCGGCUGUUCAAUGACAUCCACAAAUUCAGGGACUAGACGCCACCCGGGUGUCCAGCACCAGGGUGGACAGGACGGACGGGGAGAAGAGUGCCGGAAUCGCGGAGACAUGGGUGGGGGCGGUGGGGGUGAAGGGACUCAUUGUAGAAGGGAUGCAUUGCUCACACAUGAGUAGUAUUAAGGUGUUUUGAAACGGCCAGGUGUGCUGGUGCAGAUGGACUCUGAUGCGGCUGCCAUUGGAGAAUACUUUGCUUCAUAAUACUGGAGCACACGUUACUGCUUCAUUUUGGAGCUUGUGGUGUUGAUGACGUUCUGUUUUCUGUUUGUAAAUUAUUUGGUAAGCGUAUUUUUUUUUCCUCUAGGCUUUUUUUUCCUUUCGGUUCUGCAAUUGUAAGAUAGUGAGAUUAGUGGGACAGGGAAAGCCUUCAUCCUCUGACAGAAGUAACCGGGAGGGAGGGGUUUCCUUCUUUCCCAAAGGGGACACUCUGUGAGUGUCUGUGAGAGGCAGCUAUCUGCACUCUAAACUGCAAACAGAAAUCAGGUGUUUUUAAAAUUGAAUGUUUUUAUUUAUCAAAAAUGUAGCUUCUGGGGAGGGUGGGGAAAUGUAAUACUGGAAUAAUUUGUAAAUGAUUUUAAUUUUAUAUUCAGUGAAAAGAAUUUAUUUAUGGAAUUAAUCAUUUAAUAAAGAAAUAUUUACCUAAUAUCUGCGUGUAUGGCAUUCCAUAUUUUUAGAGGUUGGCCACAGUCAUUGGAAGCAAUCUAGAUUAUCCAUUCAAUCAUUCAAACAGGAUUUAUUGAGCGUCUGCUUUGUGCCAGGAUCUGGGUUAGGUGCUUGGGAUAGAACAGGAAAAUGACCUACAUAAAUAAAACAAUGACUGCUUUUAUAUCUUCAGUGAGAAAGAUGGUUGCAUUUAAAAUAAUCUGCAUUAAAAAAAAAAAACAACAUGUAUUGAACACCAGGUAUGGUAAGAAGCACAAGGAGGAAUCCAAAGCCAAGUUUGUGAUUUAAAUAAUAAUGCAUUGUUUUUAUAAGAAAUCAAAGCCCAGUGGUCUCCCUCACCCAGUCACUGUGAGAUGGAUAUAGUAAUUUAUCAUUUUAAUCACCAGGUUAUUGUGCAUAUCACUUCAGGAGAGAGAAACUUUAAUGAAAGCAGUCCGUAGCUUGCACAUGUCUUCAUUUGGAUAAGGUUAAGUAUGGUUAGAUAAUGUCUUAUAAAAGAUGGCUUGUUUAUAACUUCAUAUUUUACCAAUAUUGUUUCAAAAACUACUUAAAAAUCUGCCCUCAGUUGGGAUCAGAGGG